CUCUCUCUCUCACUCAUCAAAAUCCAAAAGCCAAAUCAUUCAUUUGCCGAUCAGAUCUCUCACUCUUCCUCUUCUCUUGCUGCGAUCAUCAACCACCGCUCACCCCAAUCCUAGAAUCGUUUGCUUCCGAUUCUGGAAAGCUUCCAAGUGUCUGCGAUUCAGUUAAAUCUUGACAACCACUCGGAGUCUCUCUAAUGUGCAUGAUUGAUUGGAUUAUUAGAUUGCUGGAAAUGGGAAUAUAUUUGAGCGCUCCGAAGACGGAGAAGGUAUCAGAAGAUGGUGAGAAUGAUAGACUCCGGUUCGGGGCGUCCUCCAUGCAGGGGUGGCGUUCCACCAUGGAAGAUGCUCAUGCUGCCUAUCCAGACCUCGACAACUCCACAUGCUUCUUUGGUGUUUAUGAUGGUCAUGGAGGUAAAGCGGUGGCAAAUUUCUGCGCCAAGUAUCUCCACUUACAAGUGCUCAACCAUGAAGCAUAUCUAGCAGGCGAUUUAGGCACUUCACUACAGAAAUCUUUUCUCAGGAUGGAUGAGAUGAUGCGUGGACAGAGAGGAUGGAGAGAAUUAGCUGUAUUGGGUGAUAAGAUAGACAAAGUUUCAGGCCUUAUUGAAGGGUUCAUCUUUACUCCCAAGGGUGCUGAAGCUAAGAGAAGUGCAUUUAAUAAUCAAAUUAAUCAGUGGUCUUCCGAGGAGGGACCUCACUCUGAUUUUGAUGGACCAAACUCUGGAAGCACAGCUUGUGUUGCUAUCAUCCGAAACAAUCAACUUGUUGUUGCCAAUGCUGGUGAUUCCCGUUGUGUAAUAUCCAGGAAGGGUCAGGCAUAUCCUUUGUCUAAAGAUCAUAAGCCUGACUUGGAGAUUGAGAAGGAAAGAAUUCAGAAGGCUGGUGGAUUUAUCCAAGUUGGACGGGUGAAUGGAAGUUUGAACUUGUCAAGAGCUAUUGGAGAUGUUGAAUUCAAGCAAAACAAACAACUGCCUGUUGAAAAGCAGGUCGUAACUGCCUAUCCAGAUGUAACAAGUGUGGAAAUAUGUGAUGAUGAUGAGUUUCUUGUCAUAGCGUGUGAUGGGAUAUGGGACUGUUUAUCUAAUCAACAACUUGUGGAUUAUGUUCGUGAACAAUUGAAAAAUGAAAGUAAACUGUCAGUGGUUUGUGAGAGAGUAUUUGAAAGGUGCUUGGCACCCUCAACAGGUGGGGAAGGAUGUGACAACAUGACAAUGAUCUUGGUUCAGUUUAAGAAGCAUGUUAUUUCAACAAGUGUUUCUACUGAGAACAAACCCCUCCCUUCUGAUCCAUCACCUGAGAAGGCUUCUACAGGGAACAACCCUCUCCCGUCUGAUCCAUCACCUGAGAAGGCUUCUACAGGGAACAAGCCUCUCUCAUCCGAUCCAUCACCUGCGAUGGCUCCUACCGGGAACAAGCCUCUCUCUUCUGAUCCUCUAUCUGAGAAGGCUUCUACCGGGAACAACCCUCUCUCAUCUGGUCCAUUGCCUGAGAAGGGCAAAAGCUCGGGACAAGCUACAUAGAGGUUUUGCCUAGCUAGUCAUCUAAUGGCCACUGAAAAACGAGGCAUGAUCUGAAAGUUUUGGCUUUGGUGAUUCAGGAACUAUAAAUUCAUUAGAAACGAUUGAAUCCUCGACUGUACAUGUUCAUGGUAUUUUGUUUAGCUCGAGUUCUGUACAUGUGUCCUGAGAGUGUUGUGUCUGGAACGAUAUACACUAGUCUUAUAAUCACUCUACGAAGAAGAACAAGCUUGAAGUGUUGCUGUAUGCAAAAUUGGUCAAAUGAUGUUUUUUGUGCCCCAAGUUUGUUCAUA